GAACACCACGCCGUUUCCCUAAACUUCUUACGUGUACCCACUCACAUAUAUCCACGUAAGCGUCUAGAAGAUGAGACGCGCGAAGAAGAAAGCCCAUCUUUCUCCUUCCCUAUCCUUCUCUCUGUCACUCGUAUGUCUCCAUCAAUGGCUUCUCCUUUGUCUUCUUCCACCGUCGCCUCUCACCGGAUUUUAUCUCUCCACCCUUCGCCUCUUAAUCGUAGAUUACUCUUCGUAAAACCCAAAUUACCCAUCAGUCGAACUGUUUCCGGAGAUUUCCGCAUGCGUUUGCAUUCUACAUCCAGGAACUCUGGCGCUAAGGAACUUAUACCUUCCUGCAAUUCUUCAAUCGAUUCGAAGUUGAACACUUUCGAAGAUGGAUCGAAAAAUCUCGAGAAACUGAUUACGACGAUCCUGAUAUUUGUUCAAGUUUGGUCUCCGUUGCCGUUUCUUGGUCUAGACUCUGCGUACAUCUCACCUGCAGAGGCUGUUCUUUAUUCUCCGGACACGAAAGUUCCAAGAAGUGGGGAACUUGCUCUGAGAAGAGCUAUUCCUGCUAAUCCAAACAUGAAGACUAUACAGGCUUGUCACUGUGCUGAACUUUUAGAUAGUUGGUUUGAUUGUGUGGCUUCAUUGGAAGAUAUAUCAUAUCUUCUGAGAAUUCCCCAAAGAAAGCCUUACGGUACCAUGGAGAGCAAUGUAAAGAAAGCUCUAAAGGUGGCUAUGGACGGUAAGGAUUCGAUAUUGGCUAGUAUACCAGCAGACUUGAAAGACAAGGGCUCAGAACUGUAUACAUCUCUGAUUGACGGCAAGGGUGGACUUCAAGCACUUCUAAAAUCAAUUAAGAAUCAAGAUCCUGAUAAAGUAUCCAUUGGCCUGGCUUCAUCACUAGAUACUGUUGCGGAGCUGGAGUUAGCUGGAAGAGGAACUGUGGAAAUCACCAUUGAGAAAGGUGAUGGUUCCACAUUUCAAGCUCAAGCAGGGGGAGAUUCAAGAAAGAGUGCUACAAUCCAGGUGGUUAUCGACGGAUAUUCAGCACCACUAACAGCAGGGAAUUUCGCAAAACUGGUAACUAGCGGAGCAUAUGAUGGAACCAAACUCAAUACGGUGAACCAAGCUGUCAUCACAGAGGAUGGGAGUGGUAAAGUAGAAAGUGUUAGUGUUCCAUUGGAAGUAAUGCCUUCUGGACAAUUCGAACCUCUCUACAGAACUCCAUUGAGUGUGCAGGAUGGAGAGUUGCCAGUUCUUCCUCUAUCGGUUUAUGGAGCUGUUGCAAUGGCACACAGCGCAAACUCUGAUGAAUACUCUUCUCCUUACCAGUUCUUCUUCUACCUAUACGAUAAAAGAAACUCUGGCUUAGGAGGUUUAUCCUUUGACGAAGGGCAGUUCUCGGUCUUCGGAUACACAACAGCAGGAAGAGAGAUUCUUGGGCAGAUCAAGACAGGAGAUAUCAUCAGAUCUGCAAAACUAAUUGAAGGCCAAGAUCGCCUUAUUUUGCCUGCUCAGAAAAACGUAGACUCAUCCACU